AUGAUUGGACUGAUUGGAAAUGCUCUGGUUGUCAUUGUGGCGUUUGGAAGGCAGAUGAGGAAUUCUACCAACACUCUUAUCAUUGGCCUAGCUAUCUCUGAUCUCAUGUUCUUACUUCUCUGCGUCCCAUUCACUGCCAUCGACUAUGCUGUACCAACGUGGAUCUUCCCAGAAUGGACCUGCUCGAUGAUCAACUUUUUCCAGGUCAGUUAUUGGCUACAUACGUCUGCGUACUGUAGCGUUUGGACAUUGACGCUCAUGGCUCUUGAUCGCUUCUUGGCUGUCGUUUAUCCAGUGGAAUCAAUCACAGUUCGAACACCAAGAAAUACUAUGAUUGCGUUGUUCAUCCUUUAUACAAUCAUUGUUUGUUCGCAGAUCCCCGUCGGAAGAAUGCACGGAAUCUAUGUUUACGACUUCAUUCUGGAGAAACGCUCGACCUGCGCCAUUCUGACCAUUGCGACCGCCGAGGCCACACCAGCAGUAGCAAGAACAUACUUCAUGACGUUCAACUUAUUCGGAUACGUUCUCCUCUUGGAAUCUCUUUUGUUAGGAGAGAAACGGAAAGGGAAACUAUUAUUAAUUAAGGUCGCCAAUCGCGAUAGCUCGAGUAUCAGAAGACGUCCAGAAGCAACUGCUGCAAAGAGAAAAGUAACUCGCCUUGUCCUCUGCGUCCUCAUCACCUGGGCUCUUUGCUGGCUUCCUCUGAACGUCUGCUUCUUCAUGUCGGGACUCGCUUAUCCAGAACCACUCGUCAUCUCUCACGGAGUCAUCAUGGUCAUCGUUCAAAUCGCCAGCCAAGUGCUUGCCUACACCAACUCAUGCCUGAAUCCAAUUCUUUAUGCUUUGAUGUCACACAGCUUCCGGGAAGGAUUCAUUCGAAUCAUGAAAAUGCUCAUUAAUAAGAUGUCACGCGGAAAGUUCUGCACCAACUAUCGACGAAGUGCUCUUCGAACAGAACUGACUCACUAUAACCAAACUCCAGCUCACGCGACGAAUACUGUAGUUCAAGUGACAAAUGGAGAACGUUCGACACUUCUGAAAGAUAGCUCUACGACAACUACCACUAGUGUUCAGCCACUCCGUACCUCAAUCCAGGCCAAGAAGACCAAAGCUAUAGGACGAAGCAAAUCCACGCGGAGCUACAAUCUUUGA